AUGGCAACCAACGACAUUGGAGACUGGUUUCGAAACAUACCCCAAAUAUCAAAAUACUGGUUUACUGGUUCUGUAAUUUUUCCAUUAAUAGGUCGAAUCGGUAUCAUCAGCCCAUUGACAAUGUUUCUUGACUAUGAUAGCAUUGUCUAUCGCUUCCAAAUCUGGAGACCUCUGACGAGUGUAUUGUACUUUCCAAUUCUACCACAGACCGGUUUCAUGUACCUUUUAAAUUUAUACUUCUUAUAUUCUUACUCGACUCGCCUAGAAACAGGUGGUGUAUAUGAUGGAAAACCUGCUGACUACUUGUACAUGUUAAUUUUCAACUGGAUAUGCCUUGUUAUUAUUGGUCUUAUUGCGGAAUUAAGGCUUCUUAUGAACAUUAUGAUAAUCAGUGUCCUCUACAUUUGGUGCCAAUUGAAUAGGGAACAGAUUGUUCAGUUCUGGUUUGGAACACAAUUCAAAGCUAUGUACCUUCCUUGGAUUCUCGUCGGUUUCAACAUGAUUGUUGGAAACGGGGGUUGGCAUGAUUUGUUGGGCAUAUUUGUUGGUCAUCUUUAUUUCUUUCUCAUGUUCAAAUAUCCACAAGAUUUUGGAGGGUACCAAUUCCUACAAACCCCUUCAAUAUUGUACAAAUAUUUUCCUAAUCGAAGGGGGGGAGUUUCAGGUUUUGGAGUAGCACCGGCUACCAGAAGACCAGAUGACAACCAGCAAAGGCAUUCUUGGGGUAGAGGUCAACAGCUGGGUGGAGAUCAGUAA